AUGCCUGAAAAGAGAGUUGAAUGCUCCUCUUGCAGGAUCCGGGACGGCAGGGAGACCUGCAGUGUCUCCGACAACUUCGCCUCUGAUAAUUGCCUCCGGAUGCAGAUUCAAUCCCGCGGAUUUAUGGAGUUGGAACCGGGCCGCGACCUCGCCGAUCCGGUCCUCAGCAAUGUCAAGUGGAAGGGUGAGCAGGCAAAGUUCUGCACGGGCUGUUUGACGCUCUUCGACAGCAAAGUGGCCUCCGGCCUCCUGUACAAUAUGAGCUCUGGAAAGUAUGCAGCACACCAACUGGUCACAAACACCACACACCAUCUCCGAGACACACACACAAUUCGAGACCAUCGGAAAGCCGAAAGGCUGCGUAUUGCUGCUCAUCUCGUUUUUCAUGGUGUCUGUCGGACACCCUUGUCAAAACAGGUUUCCUUUGACAACGGUUACUUCUCCUUCCUGAGCUCAGAAGCGCAGAGGAUCCUCGACAGGAUGGACGACAGCGAGACUUACGUGAAUAUAAAAUUCACAAAAACGGACUCAGAGACUCCUUCCCGAGCUGCGCCAGAACGGGAGUCGAAAGUGAAGAUCGGAAAUAGACCAUAUCGUCAGAUAUGCCUAUUCUGUCUAGUUACAUCCGCCCUCAUCGUGAUAGUGGCCGGUCUCUCGAUCCAUGUGUCACAGGUCAGUCACAAGUUCACUGAGAUGGAAACGAAGUACAGAUCUGUCAACGAAACCAAGGCUCAAAUCUGUGAAUUGUUGACCAGCAGAAGAGUUUGGACGGGGCACGACUACGCAAGCACUUGA